AUGGCACGACCGUUGGAAAAGAUCUCUGAUAUUAACGAUGAAAAGGAACUUUGGAAAGUUGCUGUUAAAAUACAUCACAAAUGGAGUGUCAUCUCUAACAACAAAGAACAUUUCGAGAUGGUUGUUUAUGAUUCUGAGGGAAGUGAUAUUCAUGUUAUCGUACCUCCCAUUUAUAGGCAGAAUUUUGAUUCGCUGUUUGUUGUUAAUGAUACUUACACUAUUGCAAACUUCCAAGUUCAGCUGAAUGAUCUGCUGUUCAAACCUUCUGCUCACAAGUACCUCCUUAAAUUUACUGGUGGGACAAAAGUUGGGGAUAGAAAUGUACAUCAGAUUCAGGAAAAGGCUUGCAGGCUCACUCCUUUCCUUGAUAUUUUAACUGGGAAAUGGAAUAAAGAUCAACUUUUAGAUGUUAUCGGAGUGGUUGAUGAAAUUGGGUACACACAGGUCCAGGUGGGAAGUAAAAAGCAACAGGUCAACUUUGUCAUUCGCGACUUGAGCAACAACACUAUAACGGUUACGUUAUGGGAGGCGUACGCGGUGCAGUUUAUCAACUACGUUGAACAGCAGGUCGAUACUGCAAUUCCUGUUGUGAUUAUGAUUCAAUAUGCCAAAGUCAAAGAAGCUUUUGGUAUAAAUUACUCCCAUACUGGUUCAUACGGUUCAUAA